AUGUACAUCGAGGAUUAUUUCAAGGAGGGCAGGUGUAGCGCAGACGGUAACAGGUUCAGCUGUCUCUGCCCGAUCGAUCGAUGGUUCGAAACCGCUCCAGUUCCAACUAACCCUCUGGCGCUGCAAGAAGCGCUGGAAAAUUUGAAUGGACACAUUUGGAACCGAGAGCCUGGAAAGUUCAAAGCCAUUAGUGAUUUAUCCCCUCAAGCGCCUCAUCACCCUAAGAAAGCACUCAAACGUAUUUUUUCUUGCAAAUUUCUGCGUAAAUUUAACUUGCGAACGCAUGUCGUAUGGCAAUGA